GUUCUAAGAGAAGGUACUGCUUUUCCUUCAACCCUUGCCUUAUUUAAUCAUCACUCUUUGUUUGCGUUACAGGUUACAUAAGGUUACACUUAAUCACAAGACGCAGAGCAACAACUUGUUACCAAGUUUCUCCGUAAGUUCUGUCCUUCAGCUUCUUCUCAAGCAUUCAGUGGCUGCUGUGGCUUCCUGCCUUAGGGACCAGGAGAGAAUGCUCCAAUGGAGAGGUUCCAGAAGUUCAUUUUACUUCCUUUCAUCUUAGCUGCCUCACUCACAGGUCUUGGCUUUUGUUAUUCUAUUCUGGAUGGCCCUACUAAUGCUACAGUCCUUGCUGGUUCAGAAGCCCGGUUUAAUUGCACAGUGGCGAAUGGAUGGACAAUUCUCAUUUGGUUGUUGAAUACAAAUCCUGUCCUCACUGUCAUUAAUUCUCACGGACCUAUUGAAACCUCGGAUCGCUUCACCUCUCAUAGCUAUAACAACAGUCAAAGUUUCACCUCAGAGCUGAUCAUCCACAACACUCAGCUAAAUGACUCUGGAAGAAUUGAGUGCAGCAUCCAGAGGCUUGAUGGUAGCAGCUUUGCCUUUCUUUCUGUGCAAGUUAAUGGAUCUUUAGUCAUGAAAAACAGCACUUUAAUAGUUAAAGAGAACACAACAGUUGAAGUUGUUUGUGAAGCCUUAGGAUGGGCUCCAGCUCCAGAAAUAACCUGGAUGACAAAUGACUCUCUCAUUGAUAAGUCGAGGUAUGUUACCCAGCAAAGUCAAGGAUCUAACAGCCUCCACAAUGCCCUGAGCGUCUUGACUUUGACUCCAAUGAAUACUGAGAUAUUGACAUGUUUAGCUGAUAUAGAAGCACUCCCUAACCCUCAGAAUGCAACCAUAGCUGUUAUUGUUGGCAACUCUACUCUAGGUAACAGUUACAGUGAAGACAGCACAAGCACGUGGGUUAUUGUACUCGCAGUUGUGUUUUCAAUUGUUGGUUUUAUUCUUCUGAUAAUUCUUAUUUGGGUUGUCGUGCGCUGCUGCUGCCUAAAGAAAGGAUCCACGUAUGAAAAUGAAGUGAGAAAAAUUUCAAUUAAGAAGAAAACAGAUGACCAUUUGGGAAACAGACAAAGGGGUGGUAGCGAAAAUCAGGGAUACGUUCCAGAGGAACCACAUUACACAGGACAAAUCCCAACAGUUGUUUCUCUUCCUCCAAUGUCUACAAAGUUCACUGUCCCUCAUCCAGAUUUACAUACCAGUUCUGCACCAAAGGGACGACCUCAAAGACAUACUGAUUAUCCAAUCAACCCAAAGAAAAUUAGAAAUGUGACACAUGUUUAGGAUGGACUUCUGAAAAUUCUUACCUGACUUGCAUUUUACGGGUUUGAAUGGCUUCCUGCGACAGGGAAAGGUCACCACCAGUUCUCUCAAUUUAAGCUAUAAGUUGUUAUUGUUUCUGUUUAUUUCUCUUGUUAUGAAAUAAAAUUGCAACCUUUGCAAUGUAGUAUAUGAUAGCUCAGCAAAAUAAUGGACGCAAAUGAAUACCUUAAAUUCAGAGACAACAAAUAUGAUGAGAAUCUACAAGAAUAAGAAUGUAUCAUUUCAAUUUCAAGAAAAUCAACAAAACUCCUACCAGACCGAAAUGUCCAGCUAUCCACAGCGAGGUGAAGGACUGGAACUGCUGGUGAUUAAGUACUUCAGAGGAACUGGUUAAUAAUAAUACUGGUUAAUGCAAUACCUACUGCAUUUUUAAAAAAAAUGCUUACAGCUGAUUAUCUCAAGCUCAUCGUACUUUUCAAUUUAUGUUCUGUAAUAAAAUCAAGGGGAGUUUUGACAGAAAGCAAAAAUCUUAAGCUGAAAAAUGUGGAUUUGAAACAACUGAUUUUUAAGAGCUGUUGCUUCAGUGCUUAAUGUCUCUGAUCUACUUGAGGCUGAGUUUGGCAGCUAAAUGAUGUGGAUCACAGUAAAGGAUGGCUGAUGGUGUUCACCCUGUUGUUUCAUCAUGGAUAGAGACGAUAAUGACCAGGAGAAACGCAUUUUAGCUGAGCAACCCAGCCAAUAAAUCAGGUCCUGCAGAAGAACCUUACAUAUGCCUUCCCAACCUAAAAAGUACACUUUCUAGCUGGAGUGUUUUGUGUGAAAUUCUGUAUUUCAUAAAAGAAAUGCUUAAGCAAUUUUAGUUUUAUACAAAGGCAACUUGUCUUUUUACCCACUUAAAACAUUCUGAACUAUUCAGUGUUAUGCAUGUUAAUUUUCUGCAUGAACCUAUGCAGGUGAUCUUUGAGUAAAGACACAAAGCUGUUGAACGAAAGUACUUUCAGUGUUAAUCAGUGCAGUGAAAAUAAGAAAUUUGAAACUUGGUCUCAGGAAAAAAAAUAUCAUUUUGUUUGUUUAGCAUUUAGGAUCUCAUUAAAUUGUGACAGAUUUUGCAUUGCUGGUCAUAUUUCCAGUCAGUCUGUCAGAACAAGUGCUGGGACUAAUUCAUCUUCUGCCAUAUGUAAUUGUAUACAAAGCUCUUUCAGAUUCUGGCUGCCUACACUCUUUCUGUCUUGUCUGGUUGAAGGAGGAGCUUUGAAAUGCUUUCUCUUUGAAUGGAAUUUAGCAAAAACAUGGUAUGUAAAUAAC